CAGGCGGGAUGCGGCUGCGCCCGGGCCUGCGGUGGCUGCUGCUCUGGCUGCCGCUCCUGGCCACACUGCCCGCGGGCGUGGUGCACGGGGAGGAGGAGGUGGCGGCGGCGUUGUCAGCUUCAAGGUGUAAAGCUUUGAAGGAAAUGGAUGUAAUUGAAAGUUCUAAGUCAGACUGUUACUGCUACAAUAAAAAUAUCCAAAUACAUUGGAAGUACAUGUGGUCAAUUGUACAGGUGAAGAUUACCAGUCCAGGCUUGCUCCAUAUUGUAUAUAUCACAGAAAGACAUAAUUGCCAGUAUCCAGAAACCAUUAUAUCUUUUAUUAACUGUAUGAUUCAUAACUUUUGGACACCAGAGGAGUCUAAUGACAUAACCAUAAACAUCAAUCCAUAUGGAGAGACUGUAUGUUUCUCUGUGGAGCCUGUCAGCAAUAUAUUUAUCUAUAUAAUAAGAGUGAAUCAGAACAUCAUGGAUUUCAAUCUCUUCCUUGUGUCUAUGGCAGGCAUUUUCCUCUUUUUUUAUGCAAAGACCUUGAGUCACAGCCCUAUUUUCUAUUACUUUUUGGGGACUAUGCUAGGUGUUCUGAUGACAUUUGUCUUUCUCCUGCUGUUGGUGAAAAGGUUCAUUCCAAAGUAUAGCACGUUUGGGGCUUUAAUGGUUGGUUGUUGGUUUGCUUCAGUUUACAUUUUAUGCCGAUUGAUGGAAGCUCUGAAGUGGCUGUGGUAUGAAAACAGAAAAUAUUUAUUAGGUUAUAUCUUGAUAGUUGGAUUUUUCAGCUUUGCUAUUUGUUACAAACAUGGACCCCUUGUUGACAAAAGGAGCAGAAACCUUCUGAUGUGGGUACUGCAGCUUCUCUCCUUGCUUCUCAUCUAUUUUGGGAUCUCCAUACCUCAGUAUGGAUAUGCAGUAAUGAUCCUCAUCCUGUGCUCCAGAAGUCUGCGCUGCCCAGUAAAAGCAUUCCAUUAUAUGAGCAGUGACACCAUGAGAUGGAUGUUAUUACUUUCAUUUUUCUCAGAUGAGCAAGUGAGGCUCAGAACAGCUAAGGAAUUGCCCAAGCUCACACAGAAAAUGAAGAGAUGGUUUACAUCAGAAAAACUGGUGGUUAAAUAUCUUACUGAUGAAGAAUACAGGGAACAAGCUGAUGCCGAAACAGCCAGUGCUCUGGAGGAGCUGCGCCGAGCCUGCCGCAGGCCCGACUUCCCGUCCUGGCUGGCUGUCUCCAGACUCCAGGCUCCUAAAAAAUUUGCAGACUUUGUUCUUGGAGCAAGCCACUUAUCGCCCGAAGAAAUUCAUCUGCAUGAAGAACAAUAUGGCCUUGGGGGUGUCUUCUUGGAAGAACAGCUCUUUAACCUGAGGACUGCCUGACAGUGUCACCAGCGAGUUAACAUCAUUCUAUACAAGGAAGUGGGAGAAGGGCAAGGAUCCUGGUAAAGUAGGGCAGAACUAUUCUCGGGAACUGUGGCAAAAGCAUUUGCUAUGGAGAAGAAUCAAGUCAUACUAGAAAGGAAAACUAAACUAUACUGAAGAUAACUUACCAUUCUUGGCAAGUUUUGCUACUUACAGUGCUGUAGAUGGCCACCAAGAUUCUGUAACAGUCAUUCCCGCUUUCCUUGAAUGAAGACUUUUAUUAGCAACAAGGGAAUUGUGUUCUUCAAGGGGCCAGUUAGCAUGAACAGGUGCUUUGUCAACACCAGGGCUUUAAAUCCUGUCUUAAUCUCCAGAACCUGCAUAAAAAAGCCUACAUUGCUCUUCCUACAUUUCAUCAAUGUAAGUGCUGGAAGAGAUCUGAGAAACGCUGGACCAGUGUUUUCCGAAGUAUAGUCCACAGAACACCAGUAGGUGUCAUAGAGGCGGAUUAACCAGUGAGCAAGGUACUCAUGGACUUAACUGUGUUUACUUACUAAUCUAUAGCGCACAAUUUCACAUGGGUUUCACCACAUGUGAAAAACAGGUGAAAUUGUGCUCUACAGAUUAGUAGUAAGUAAGCCCAUGGGUACCUUGCUUAUUGAGUAAUCCGUCCCUGAGUGUCAGGGAUUCUGAGGUCACUAAGUUUUAUACAAAGUUAAACAAAUGUCCUACAGGACUUCUCAGAACCUUUAAUAAUGCUAAAACACAUUGUGAAUCUCCUAGAAGGGAGAUACUGUGUGCAGCUGUUUCUAAUUUGACCACAGAACUCCUUUUCAUGAGGUAUUCCUUGGAACACAUGUUUGGGAAAUGCUAAUCUCUUUCUGCUCCUUCAUUUUAGUGAUGGAGGAAUUGAGGUUUGGGGAGGUUAUAUAACUUGUCAAAGACCAUAAUGUUUUAGAGGCAACGCUGGGACCAGAAAUCCAGCCAUUCGUGUGUCCCACGACUCACAUAAAAGAAACCUUUAUAGAGAGACCAAGGUGCCAUCUCUGCACGGCCUUGAGUCUCACACAGUGGUGACUUUUUUAUUUUUUAAACUAAUGGGCAAUGAGCUAUUUAUUAACUGUGAGAAAGAGAAACAUUUCUUAAAAUCAUUUAUUAAAGUUUUGAUAAGAUUUUUAUGGAAAUGUGUAAUUAGGAAUUAAAAUUACCUUUCUAUAUAUUUUUAUAUGAUGAAAUUGAAGACAUUGAGCCUCUUGUGAAUUUUGAAUUGAUUGGUCCAUUUUUAAAAAUUGUUUAGCUAUAUGUUUGUAACAGUGUCCUACAGAGUAGGUUUAUGAUCUUUCUUACAGAGAACAAAUCUUUUCUUGAUUCAUGAUGUUAAGCUCCAGAAUGAAAUGAGGGACAAACUGUUCUGACCCUGAGAGAAGGAGACCAAAACACAGGUCUGAGAAAAGAGAACAUGGCAGAACAGUCUUUAAGAGUGAAGCUGUUGCUAAAUUGAUUGCCUUUCAGAAUGAAACUCAGACUUUUUUGCUCUGAUGGGAUCAAAAGGAAGAGAGGCAUUCCUGAGCAAUCCCUUUUACUAGAAGAAGGAAAAAGGGGAACGGUAUACUGAGAAUUAAGGCACUGUUGCUUUCCUGAGCCAAAUUUAGUGGGAUUUUUCUAAAGUGUUGAGUUAGAGCGUAACCACCAACAUUUGGAACUUUCAUAAGAUUGAUUUUCAAAUAAUAUUUCUUCUUGGAAGUAGAAUGUCAGUGUUUUACAGGUCUCUUUGCCGGGAGCCUUUUAAUAUUAGGAGCUUGGGUUUUUUUGUUUGUUUGUUUGUUUUGUAAAAUGCACUCUAUUCAAUCUGUGCCUUUUACAUAGACUUUGAUUAAAAUAUCAAAGUACCUUCCAUUCAGACUUAUGAUGAUGAUGAUGACUAUUUUAUCUGUGUAAACAAAAGUAAAACUUGAAGAUUUUGUUACAGUUUAAUCUGAUUUUUAUUUUUUAUAAUUCUAUUUAUUGAUGAUAUAAAUGUACCAAAUGUAACAAUGCCUAUGCUCACCGAGUUGACCUCCCAAGAGGCAGUUUGUCUAGUACAAAAUGUGCAUGUGAAUAAUGUAAGAACAGUCUGCUGGAGUUCCCAGGGAACAUCUCAGCCAAGACAGCCUCAGGGCCUUGCCUAUGGCAAGGCGAAAAGGCCAUGGAAGGAAGUAGCUCAUUGUGGGUCAGCAGGCCAAGUGUAAAACAAUCACAAUAACCAACCAACCAACCAGUUGCCAUCAGGUUGACUCUGGCUCAUGGUGACCCCAUGUGUGUGAGAGUAGAACUGUGCUCCAUAGCGUUUUCAGUGGCUGGUUUUUCAGAAGUAGAUC